AUGCAAUCUAAUUUUAUUACUGAAGAGUUAGGUACAAGACUCAAUCGACCUAAGAAACAAGCUAACAUGGCUGUAACCGGAAUAAAUCAAUCACAAGCACAUUCGUGUCACACAGUUAACGUACAGAUAAGGUCAAUGCACACGGUUUUCUCACAAAACAUUGAAUGCUAUGUGCUGAACACCAUUACUGAAAACUUGCCUCAAACUUACAUAAACAUCAAUAAGUUCAAGAUUUCAAGUAACAUAAGAUUAGCUGAUCCUAAAUUUCACAUUCCGAGCAAGAUCGUCGGCAGAACGACGUAUAACUGCGAUCCUGCAAAGUUUAAAGUGUGUAACUUAUUAACCAAUCAACAAAUAAAUCAAACGCUAGCCAAAUUCUGGAACAUGAAACACAUCAGUGACGAAAUAACACUCUUUGUUGAACAAAGAAGCUGCAUGGAACACUUUGCAAGAACCACAACAGAAAGUGCAUGUGGUCACUUCAUUGUGCAGAUGUCAGUCAAGGAGGCAAGACUACAGCUUGAUCAUAUGGUACGUAUUGAUAAUAAGCAAGCACCAGCACACAUUCUACGGUACUAUAUUCCACACUGUGCGGUACUAAAGAACAACAAUUUAACUGCAAAGCUGCGUGUAGUAUUUGACGUUUCCUGCAAGAGUAGCACAGGAAUAUUAAACGACUGUUUAUUGAUGAGACCGAUCUUGCAGCAAGAACUGUUUUCAAUUUUGCUACGAUUCCGCAUUCAUCAAUAUGCAAUUACAAUCAAUAUUGCUCAAAUGUAUCGGCAGGUACAAAUUGACAAGACGCAAACAGCUUUGCCAACUAUCAUUUGGAAAAGUGAUCCAAGCGAAGAACUAGCCACCUCUGAGCUGCAAACAGUAACAUAUGGUACAACCUGCACGCCAUUUCUGGCAAUAAGAGCAAUGCAAGAGUUAGCUAACAUAGAAGCAUCAAGUUAUUCGAUAAGAUCAUCAACAAUCAUCAAUGACUUCUACGUCGACAACCUAUUAGGACCUUGA